GCAGCAAUUACUUCAAAAACAAACGUGAACAAUUAUAACAAUUAAACAAAUACAGAACAGUUAUAAUAUUUAAUUACGUGUGAACCACAAUGACUUGCGAUGAUGAGUUGCGUUACUAACAACCUGUUCCUACAACUGUAAGCAGAGUAGAAGAUGAACGGUUUCGAAUUUGUGUUUCUGUUUACUUUGCUAUAUUUUAACUCGCGAAAAAUUAUUUCGACAUAAAACAAGAUUUUUACUGUAUGAAGGAUGUAUAUAAUAUGAAGAAUAUUAUUCCUAUAAAUGCAAUAUUUGUAAUACGUUGUGUAAAAUGACUUCUUCUCGCCUUUCAAUCUGUCAACAAAUCUUGAAUGUUUAUCUAAUUGGACAAAUUUUGUAUCGUUUCUGUUAUGCUAGUAACCAGUGUUCUGCUGAAGAGUGUGCUGAAUCAAAUGCUGGAAGGCCACCUCCUCAUUCACCAUUAGUUCCUUGUUAUACGCUGGAUCUUGAAUUUUUAGUGUGUUCUGAUCCUCUUGAUUUGAAAGGAAAUGAAACUGCCAGAGAAGAGCUUGGAUAUGGAUGUACAAAAUAUGGUGGUCAAAAAUAUGAAGAUGUGCAAUUUACAUCUGUGAACUGUACUGUUUUAUCGGGAAUUGAAUGUUAUGGUCCCACGACCUUCCAUAGAAGUGGAUUUCCAUGCAUAAAGUAUUCUGGUCAUUAUUUCCUAACAACUCUACUUUAUUCCGUAUUGCUUGGAUUUCUUGGAAUGGAUCGUUUCUGCCUGGGUCACACUGGAACAGCAGUAGGAAAGUUGCUGACUCUGGGUGGAAUGGGAAUCUGGUGGAUAGUGGAUGUUGUCCUCUUAGUCACUGGGAAUUUGACACCGGAUGAUGGAAGCAAUUGGGUUCCAUAUGCCUAAAGGAAAUCAGCAUUAAUGUCUGUGAUAUAAAAACUGAAUGAAGAGACAAGUCUUUAAAAACACUUAUCUAAAUAAUUAUGUUCCUUUUGUCCAACUUUAAUUGUCAGAUUUGCCAUCACCACCACCUUGUCCAUGAUUAUGAGUCUUAAUUUUUUUUAAAAAAUCAAGGGAUUGAUUGAUUUAUUUCGAAAUGUAUGGAAGCAUAAACUCAUUGGUCAUAAAAAGCAUGAUAAGUAAAUUUGCCAUUGGUAUUCUGUGCCUUUAACACCAAAUGAAAGCAUAACUGAAAGUUAAAUGACAUUGACUUCUGUAUUUUUCAUCAGUGUUCAUUACUUCAUUUAUUAUUACUUUGUAUAUACAAGUUAUGUUUUGAAAGGUUCUUUCAGGUCUUUAAAUAAAAAUGUUCAAGAAAAAAAAAAGAAUAAAAUCAAAAAUGGUGUUCUAUUUUGUCAUUUUUAGUAAAUGUAGAUCUUACUGAAAUCUCAUUUUAUUUGUAUUCAAAGCUCUAGUCUGAUUGAAGUUAUGCUCUGUUUGAAAAGUGAAUUUACCCUAAUUGUUUGUCAGGUUUCAAAUUUAAUAUUAUUUGUACUGCAAUUACAUAUAUAAGUAUAGUAAUGUAUCCAACUGAAAAAUCUAACAAAUGUGUGUUAUUAAUUGAUAAAUCCCAGUGGUGAAAGGGUGCUAUGGCAGGACUGUUUCACCAAAGAGCAAUCUUUACAAAAUUUUCUAUAUCAUUGUCAAUAUUCUUCCACAUACAGUAAGAUCUUACUAAGUUUGUUACUAUAUGUGGAAUGUUGUUAUUCCUGUUAUUAUUCCUGCUGUUUCAUGUUUGUUAUUCCAAUAUUUAUGGAAUGCAUUUUUUUUCAAAUUGUAGUUUGAAGAAUUUUUGGUAUUACAAUAUAAUUAUUCUUAGAUAAAAUGCCACUAUCUAAAAUGUAAUCACUGUUAACUGAACUUGAUAAGGAUUCUCAUUUAAUGUGUGCCAACUUCUGAUCUUUUUUUCCGUUUCUUGUAUGAUAUUGUUUACAGUUAGAUUUUCACUUGAUAUUUCGAAAACAGUUCAUGCACAAACUUGAUGGAUUUCUUCAUUUCUAGACAUGCCUGAGAUAUGUAACUCUGGUUAACAGAAGUUCUAGAUAAGCAUUUGGCAUCUUUUUUUUUUUUUUUUUUUUUCUAAUUCUUUUCUAAAUUUGAUAACAUAGUCAAAUCCUACUAAAAAGAAAGCAUAGCAUAGAAGUCAUUUUUGAAGGGCUGUCUCAGGGUGGAAUAUUCUAGAUAGAGGCUGGUUAUUUGUUAUGAGAACAAAGUAUUGACCAUAAAUAUAAUAGAUAAAAUGGGGAACUCCAAAAAUAAUUGCUAAAGCUUCUCUAUCAAGUUGAGAAUAAUUUCUUUCAGCCUCUGUUAGGGAACGGGAAGCAAAAGCUAUUCGCUUUUCUGCAUCGACGAUGACGUUCGAUAAUGAGCUGCAAUCCGACUGGGCAUCUGUCAGUAACGUAACUGGUAAUUCAAGAUAGAAAUGUUCUAGUUCUCUUGUCACUUUAUAUUUCUUCCUUAAGCCUUAAGAAAAGCCUUUUCACAUUCCUUAUACCUGCAAAAUUUCUGAUCUUUAUGAAGAAGCUUAUAUAAGGGAUAGGUAAUAGUAGAAACAUCUGCAAUGA